CUACGGAUUUCUUCUGUGCAAGCUCUCUUGUUUUGUGGAGUGGAAUACAGGAUAAAGUUAAAAUCUUCCUAACCAUGGAUUGCCAAGAAAACGAAUACUGGGACCAAUGGGGAUGCUGUGUCACCUGCCAACAGUGUGCUCCUGGACAGGAGCUCUCCAAGGACUGUGGUUAUGGAGAAGGUAGAGAUGCAUAUUGUGUAGACUGCCCUCCUCAAAAGUUCAAAAGCAGCUCAGGCCACCACAGAUGCCAGACUUGCAUCAACUGUGCUGUCAUCAAUCGGGUCCAGAAGACCAACUGCACAGCCACCUCUAAUGCUAUCUGUGGAGAAUGUCUGCCAAGGUUCUAUCGAAAGACACGCAUUGGAGGCCUGCAAGACCAAGAGUGCAUCCCAUGCACGAAGCAGACCCCCACUUCUGAGGUUCAGUGUGCCUUCCAAUUGAGCUUGGUGAAGGCAGAUGCACCUACUGUGCCUCCUCAGGAGGCCACACUUGUUGUACUGGUGAGCAGUCUGCUAGUGAUUUUUACCCUGGCCUUCCUUGGGCUCUUCUACCUCUACUGCAAGCAAUUCUUCAACAGGCAUUGCCAGCGUGGAAAUUCAUUGCACUUUGAGGGUGACAAGAUAGUGGAGGAGGAAUCUCAGUUUCCCGUGCCACCUGGCCAAGAGAUCAACCCCAAGUCCCCAAUGAAUAGGAGCAUCUUUGAAACCCAACCAUUUAAGCCCAUCUUGGAUGAUGACUCCAGCUCUACCAGUGGCUUCCCUACACAAGAGUCCUUUACCAUGCCUUCCUGUGCUUCAGAGAGCCAUUCCCACUGGGUCCACAUCCCCAUUGAAUGCACAGAGCUGGACCUACAAAAGUUUUCUGGCUUUGCCUCCUAUACUAGUACUGAUACCUUGGAUGGAAACACUAGUGGAAGCUCUGGAGAGCAGGUGGGGCUGAAUGUGCCCCUUGGAGUGUGCAGCCUUUAACUACUGAGGUCUGUUGUGCUCCUGAGAGUAUUGGCCAGUCAUGCUCUCUUGACUUUCC